UUCCCCACAAUUGCCGCAGGUUGUGAAGCCGUACCGGGAUGUUACGGACGCUCUGCCGCACGUGACCCAGAGCCAGACCACUCCGAGGAGCGGGGGUGAGGCUGUCCCCAGCCCCACACAGAAGACAGAGGGAGCUGAAGCAGCCUCCAGCAAGGGAGUAAUCGACCUGACCAAUGAGCCGACCACUGACCGUGAUGAGUUGCAGAAAGCUAUAGCGGCCAGUCUACAGGACAGCCAGGGCAUUCUGGGAGGUCAGGUGACCAGAGAGGAGCAGGAUAUCAGCAGGGUUCUAGAAGCCAGUCUGGCCGAGAGCAAGGCAGGGACAAAGAGGAAACGAGGGGAGGUAUGGUUUGUCGACCCACUCAACCCCCAUGAACGCAAGCGCACCGAGGGAUGGCCAGUAGGACUGAAGAACGUUGGCAACACAUGCUGGUUCAGUGCUGUCAUACAGUCACUCUUUCAUCUACGAAAAUUUCGACGCAUAGUGCUGAAUUUCCAGCUUCCAAAUGAUGGGCCUUCAACAACAACCAAUGAGAGGAGAAACCAUCGGUUCAUGCACGAGCUGCGUCACCUGUUUGCCUUGCUGGUCGGCUCUAACAAGAAGUACGUGGAUCCGUCCAAAGCUGUGGAUAUUCUGAAGGAGGCUUUCUCCUCCCCUACAGGAGCCAGUGACAGCCAGCAGGACGUUAGUGAGUUUCAACAUAAACUCUUGGAAUGGCUUGAGGAUGCUUUCAAGAAAGAUAACUCCGACCCUUCAUCCCCACAAGAAGCGAAGGCGGGGUGUUCUCAGCAGGAGGAUAAGAAGGAUGACAAUCCUGUUGUGGAUCUAUUUUAUGGGCAGUUCCAGGCGGAGGGAUAUCACGAAGGAAAGGGUUUCACCAAUGAGGAGACGUUUGGGCAGUUCCCCUUGCAGGUGAACGGCUUUCGUGAUAUUCACGAGAGCCUAGAGGGCGCCACUGCCCAGGGUGAGAUCGAGGCUGUCAGUAGUGACGUCACACAGAAAUCAGGCCAGGAGCUGUGGUUCUCCCGCCUGCCUCCAGUAUUGACCUUUGAGCUUUCACGUUUCCAGUUCAACCAGCAGAUGGGUCGACCUGAAAAAAUACAUAAUAAGAUAGAGUUUCCUAAAGUUAUCUACAUGGACAGGUACAUGGAGAGGAACAAGGCGCUGACUCGGCAGAGGCGGGAAGAGGCCAGAAAACUGAAGGAGGAACUCACUGUCUUGCAUGCUAAACUCGAUAAGUUCAUCUGCUACGGGUCCGGAAGCAAGCGGUUCCCCCUGCAGGACGUGUUGUCCUCCGUGCUGCAGUUCGCGGAGAGUAAGCCCAGCACUCCCAGCCAGCAGUCACAUGAUGUCGAGAUGGAAUCUCCAAAACCAAACUCAGUCACAAACUGCAGGACAGAAUCUCCUAGCUCUCUACCGGUCCCCUCGGUUGAUGUGACCAUGUCAUCCCCCCUGCCUCGCUCCCCGGGCAGGCCCCCCAAGCCCCCGCCCGACGUGCCCAGCCCCUCCCCCCGCCAUGUGUCCGAGAGUGAACUCCAGGUGCUACAAGACUGUCUGCGGCGGUGGCGGACUGAGGUGGAGACUGACGUCAGGGAGUUACAAGAGAACAUAUCUCGACUUGAAGAUCAGGUCAACAGCACGUACAGUGACGACGCUAUGCAAAAAUUCCCCUACCAUCUCCAUGCUGUGCUGGUUCACGAGGGUCAGGCGGCGUCCGGCCACUACUGGGCCUACAUUUACGACCUGACCAGGGAGAAGUGGCUCAAGUUUAACGACAUCACCGUGUCCGAGUCCUCCUGGGAGGAGCUUGAGAAGGAGAGCAUGGGAGGCUACCACAAUGCCAGUGCCUACUGCCUCAUGUACGUGGACCGCACCAGGCUGGAGGCGUUGGAAGGGAGGCAGCGUAACGAGCAGGUAGAGCCUCUCCCACCAGACCUCUCCGACCAGGUGAUGGACGACAACAAGAAGUUCGGGAAGGAGCUGGAGGACUGGGACCGAGAGAUGGCGCUGAAGAAAGUGGGGGGAGACGCUGAGGUGACCGACCACAGGAGGAGAGGGGACAAGCCUGCACAAACUACAGGCACUCAGACAGUGCACCUGUCCCAGCGGAUCAACCUGUCCGUCGUCCACGCCCAGCUGGCCAUGCAAGACACCAUGGGCAUCGUCAUCAACAUGAUGGAGAUGAGUGCCGCCAAGCCCCCGGGGGAGUUGCUGCAGAGUAUCAUUAUGGGUGAGCUAAGGAGUCUGGCCAAGCUGGAGAAACAGUUUCCCAAGAAGCCUCUUGACGACCUGCGGCUGCGGAUGGUGAGCCUGUAUCUGUUCAUGAACGGGACGGACGAGGACACACAGAAGUGGGUGCUGCUGGAGCAGAUCACAUACCUGAACAGGCUGGACCACGAACAGAGAACGAAGUCUUUACGUGCGGCAGCUCAGGAGAUGAUGACGACCAUCCAACAGGAGAAGGGCGAGCAGGGUCUGAGGCUACACGAGGCCUGGCAUCGGAAGUACCAUCAGUUCAGGGAAGUGGUGUACCUCUUUGUUAAAGGAUUAGAAGCGUAUUAUAAAGAAAGGUUUGCAGAAGCAAUGCCUUACUUUAACAUAGCUUGGCAUUACAACACUGAGGUGAUCGAGGGCAAGAGUGAAAACUUGGGGAUGAGUAAACAGUUGGUGGCCUUCUACCAGAGGGAAUGCUUAGAGAAACUGAACGCGUGGUCCGCCCAGAUGUUCGAGGCGGAGGAUGACAUCUCCGAGAUGCUGACGACUAUGAUGGACCUGGUGCUGCCUUCCAUGCCAGCUCUCUUCCUGUCGGGCUUCUCGGACGACACGGCUUCAGCAGAGGAGAUGAGGGAAAGAUGGUGUUCAUUCCUGGGGCAGGACCUGGAUGAAUACAAGGUUGAGAAGCUGCAAGAGAUUCUCUCCAAGUUGUUCGAGCCCGCAUCAGAGACACGGUCAGUUAGGACACCAUCAGUCCGAAUCACAGACAUGAAUGAACUCUACUAUCAGUACAAGUCUAUCAUGGCCACAGCAGACAAUCAGGGUGACCUUGACCUUGUUUUGAAGGUCACAUAGAAGGCUUAAGAGGUCAUAUGGAAAGAGUCACUUCCUCUCAGCAGCGUCUACCUGUGUUGUGGAUGUUGCGAGAACUCGGGAUGCAUAGCACGUACGACAUAACCCCCUAUGUCAUAGUUCAUCAUCAUGUAUCCUGCACUCAUCAUCAGGGUCAAGGUCACCCCAAAGAGUUCAAGGUCAUGCCAUCUAAACAGCCAUGCGUGAGCUUUGAGAGACAUAACAGUCCAGUUGAAGUCUAAAGACAGACUGACACAUAAUGCCAGGACCCAGGUCAGGUCAAGCUAGGUGUGGGGUCAAGGUCAAGGUCAAGGUCGUGGAAUAUGCCCUGAAAAGUCAGAUGAUUCAACCUGGAAUGGUGAAGAAAGAUGUGCUUUGGACUUUGUGGCAGCAACUCUGUAAAAUGCUAUUUAAGCAACAUGAUAGCUUGUGUUCACUGGUGUUCCGCAUCCAUGGCAUUGCAUUAGAGUCUGCUAGUAAGGCCUGUUUUUUGGCCAAAGACUACUGUUGAGAAAAAAGCUGAGAUUAGUCACACUUUCUCCACCAACGACUGAGAUCCAUCGUGUAUUUUGUGUUUCUUUCUUUUUAAGCAAAGGCUAGUUGUCACUUUGACCAAAGUGUGCACUCAUAGGCUUUCUCUUCCAAUGUGUGAGACGGCUCUCGUGGGAACGUGUGAAUCCAGAAUGCCAGAAAUUCUAUAUUUAAUCAUUGCCGUUAUCAUCAUCAUCGUCAUUAACAUCAUCGUCAUCAUCGUCAUCAUCAUCAUCAUCAUCAUCAUUUUCAUUGUUGUUGUUGCCAGGAUUAUUAUGGAUAUUAGUUACGGAUUUAUUUUUUCCUUUCAAAUUGCUUGUAGCCCUCAGUUGUGGGAAACUCAGAGAAGAUUUUAAGCAGUAGUUCUGUGAGAGGUGAAGCUGAGGGCUGGUUUGUCAGCAUCUCUGAUCUGAGUCAGGACUGGACAGCUGCAUCCUCGCUGCAUCCUCGCUGCAUCCUCCAUGUCUCCAGGGCUCGUAUUUCACUGAACCUACACUAACCCCACGACCCGUGUUCCUGGUUCUCGUGAUCUUAAAUAAUGUCGAGAUCGGGAAUGGGUAUGGGAAGACUUGUGUAGCCAGUUUUAAAGGACAUGAAGACAUCUGUUCCAUCAAAAAGAAUUUUGACGGCUUUCUUUUCCUUUUCAGUCAGUUUUUUUAAAUUUUUAAUUUCUAUCGUAAUCGGUGAUACUGGCCGCCAUGAUGUUGAUAUUGCCAACCCAACAUUGAAAUUUGUUUUUCUUCACUUAUUUGGAUCCGUUGGAACUUUUGAAAAUAUAUUUUACUUUAAUCCAAUCAAAUCUUUAAUAGAUGCAGAUAUUUUGUAUCAAACUUACAUACACUUUCCCUGACUAAAUAGGUUACAAGCUGUUUGGGAUAUAUAUUUCAGUUUUUGCAUGUGCCAUGUUCACCUGCCUCAGCUUUCAAGAGCAAACUAGAAUAAACAUUUCAUCCCCAUCAUCAUCAUCAUCAUCAUCAUCAUCAUCAUCAUAUUUCUGAAAGUGUUUAUCCUCCAGGGCCCUGGCCCCCACAAAGUGAUCUUGGCGCCAAGUCAAUAAUAACUCUAGUAGACUUGCGAUGAUCGCUUUGUUGAACAAGGCCCAGAAUGAGAUUGAAUUGUGUGUUUGAGGAAAUACAUUGGCCUGUAUAUAUAUUCAUCUGUUCACUAUAAUACUCAUCGUCUCCCAUGUUGGUGGUUCAGUCCUACUUACACGAUGGUUGUGAUUAGUCGUUAGGAAAUCAUUCUCAUAUCUCCUAUUCUUUCACACCUUUAAUCGCAAGAUGGACAAAUUUUAAACUAUUAUUUAUUUAAUCCUAUUUCUUCUUUUAGAGUUGUUGUAAGUAUUUAGAGUAUGAUUUGUGCUAAGUACUUAGCCCAGGCCACAACAAAUAAAUCCCUUGUUUGAGGGACAGUUUUGUCAGUAGAGAGGAACAGUUUUAUUGUAAUUAUUUCUUUAUUCCUUAUCAAUUUGUUUUUUUAAGUGACAACGAACUUCUAAAAACAUUCAAAAGUAUCUCAGUAUAUAUGCGUGCAUCUUAUACUUGCGGUACCAGAACGUCAUGGGGCUUCCCAUUGUCUUGAAACCAUUGUCAGGGAGAAAGUAAUUAUCACGGCACAAAAUUCUGUUUCAUGAAGAAAUUGUCCUUUGUGAAUUGGAAAGUCUGUGUUUUUCCCAAGAAAUGGUUUACCCUUCUUUUACCCAGUGAUUUCCUUGAGAGGCAUUUAGAAGUUGGAGUACGAAGUAAGGAUAGAUGGAUGAACAACUUCUUUAUUACAAUUGGAAGCGACGUUUCGGUGCAGGUUCUAACACCGUUAUGAAGCAAGUUAGAAGCUACACGGGCGGUCGGGUAGCCUGGUGGUUAAAGCGUUCGCUCGUCACGCUGAAGACCCGGUUCGAUUCCCGACAUGGGUACAAUGUGUGAAGCCCAUUUGUGGUGUCCCCCGCCGUGAUAUUGCUGGAAUAUUGCAAAAAGCGACGUAAAACCAAACUCACUCACUCACUCACUAGAACCUACACCGAAACGCGCUCCCAUUUGUAAUAAAGAAGUUGUUCUUCCAUAUAUCUUAUCCUUACCUUUCCCCCACUGCACAAGGUUUCUGUUUGUUGUUGGCUCUCGUGUGGACGGUGUGAAGGUACAGCAGGGAGUGAGUGUACCAGUACCAGGGCGUGGGCAAGCAGGUAGUGAGUGUACCAGUACCAGGGCGUGGGCAAGCAGGUAGUGAUUGUACCAUUACCAGGGCGUGGGCAAGCAGGGAGUGAGUGUACCACUACCAGGGCGCGGGCAAGCAGGGAGUGAUUGUACCAGUACCAGGGCGUGGGCAAGUAGGGAGUGAUUGUACCAGUACCAGGGCGUGGGCAAGUAGGGAGUGAUUGUACCAGUACCAGGGCGUGGGCAAGCAGGUAGUGAGUGUACCAGUACCAGGGCGUGGUCAAGCAGGUAGUGAGUGUACCAGUACCAGGGCGUGGGCAAGUAGGUAGUGAUUGUACCACUACCAGGGCGUGGGCAAGCAGGGAGUGAUUGUACCAGUACCAGGGCGUGGGCAAGCAGGGAGUCAUUGUACCACUACCAGGGCGUGGGCAAGCGGGGAGUGAUUGUACCACUACCAGGGCUCGGGCAAGUAGGUAGUGAUUGUACCACUACCAGGGCGUGGGCAAGUAGGUAGUGAUUGUACCACUACCAGGGCGUGAGCAAGCAGGGAGUGAUUGUACCAGUACCAGGGCGUGGGCAAGUAGGUAGUGAUUGUACCACUACCAGGGCGUGGGCAAGCAGGGAGUGAUUGUACCAGUACCAGGGCGAGGGCAAGUAGGGAGUGAUUGUACCAGUACCAGGGCGAGGGCAAGUAGGGAGUGAUUGUACCACUACCAGGGCGUGGGCAAGUAGGUAGUGAUUGUACCACUAUCAGGGCGUGGGCAAGUAGGUAGUGAUUGUACCACUGCCAGGGCGUGGGCAAGUAGGGAGUGAUUGUACCACUACCAGGGCGAGGGCAAGUAGGUAGUGAUUGUACCACUACCAGGGCGAGGGCAAGUAGGUAGUGAUUGUAACACUGCCAGGGCGUGGGCAAGUAGGGAGUGAUUGUACCACUACCAGGGCUUGGGCAAGCAGGGUUGUUGAAGUGUGAAGCUGUUUCUAUGUUAUGCAAAGUAUUACAUAAAAUAUCGGUUCCAAAUAGAUGAUUGUACAUUGCCACCAGAGGCCUGGAACCUUUAGUCCUGUCAGUGUCUUUAGAAGUCAUGGAAUUUCAAUUCUGCUUUGAAAAGGCCUUGACUUUCAACAAUCAAUCCUCUUCUCAAGUUAAUCACACAUCUUUUUCUAGCUUGACAAAAAAUGAUGAAAUGAUCUAAAUAUGUUCAAGAAUUUUUCUGUAUGUGAUUUUUUUAUAGUCGGUUACUGUUGACGCAUCUCCCUACCAAGAAGCAGCUGCAUCCUGUCAAGUCAGAUAUGCGGUAACCAUUUGAAUGGAAUGAUAUUUAAUAUUUUAUUUGCAUGCCCUUCAACAUUACAGAGGAAAAUGCCUUGAAUUUUUAACCCUUAACAAUAUAUUGGGGGGAUUCCAGAGCAAUUUUGAUUUCUUGUCCUGAGAGCUGACGGAUAAUGAUGAUCAGGCAGGAAGAUUAACCAUUAAGUUUUUGUGAGAAUCAGUACGAUUUUUAGAGAAAAUUCCGCCAGAAGCAUUAUGUCUGAACACGAUCUCCCGUCAUUUCAUCUUGUUAUUGACCUCAGUCAGUUAGUGCUGGUGAUUGGAGGGUUUAAAGACUUUUGAUGAUACAAUGUCAUGCUAGUGAUUUAUUCAAACCUAUACAGGGGGCACGAGUGGCCCAGUCGUCUAAGGCGCCGCGAUUCGCUGUGCAGAGUUGCGUCCCUUGGGCACUCCAGAAACCUAUGCUUGUGGGUUCGAAUCCUGGUUCUCCCCAAUUAUGUUUCUAGGUUUGUCAGCACCAUACCCAUGCUCGUGGGUUUCACCGAAGUGGUAAACGUCUGAGACCUGCAUCACUUUGGGCUUUCCUCCCACAUUAAGCUGACACGCCGCGAUAUAACUGGAAUACUGUUAAAGGCGGUGUGUUAAACCCAACUCACUCACUCACUUUAUGCCCACCAUGACAUGAGGGACGGUCCUAGACACACCAGAACAGCUAGUGGUCUGGAAGCCUGGCACGUCUGUACAUGCAUCUUAACCUGGGACAGUGGAUUUUGUGCUUCUCCACUCACCAAAUAAGAAAGUAAGGUUUUGACAAAACCUUUUAUCAAGCUUGUUAUGUGCCUUUGUUUAAGAGGAGAAUUUCUCGCCAAUGUUUCAUCGUUCACACAAUGACUACUCACUGUUUCUCUGAAAGGAGGAUCUAGGACAGGGUUCUGUUUUGACCCAAUGAAAUGGCCCAAUUGCAUUGGAAUCGUGUUCGUAUGACCAACUACUUUUAUUGUUCUAACUAAAGAGAAUGUCUUGGACCACAGUUGAUGUUUCACCAUGUUUGGAUUGACUCGUACAUUUCUAACAAAUUCAGCUUUGGUCAAAGAUAUCCUCUUGUACAAAUAUUGGAUGAAGAUGACUUUUGAAAUCCUCCAACAUCAGUCUUCAUGACACCUUCAUCCACUUUGGGUUUUGGAAGUAAAAAACAAACAUUGGAAUGAACUCAUUUUAUGAUUUUUAUAAUGAUUUUGAAAAGUUAUUUCUGAAAGGAUGCUGAAUUUCUGGGCUUAAACAGGCUCCUGUCAUAUAUCAUCCUCUCACAGCUUGCUGUUGAUCUCACGUGCAGGUUCUUCGGCAGUGUAGAUACCUA